GCCACGUACGAACGUGUGCGACGCUCCUACGUGUCGAGUUUACGUACGCGUACGUGCAGUGCAGUGGCAGAGUUUGCGAUCGAACCAAACUUUGUGUGCGACAUAUUUACCAGUUAUUUGUAUUUUUUUCUCCUCUGUGGACUGUGGAAAACAGACACACUGGAGCGGAAACGGCAUAAAUUGUAAUUACAGGACGGAUUUACCGGAAAGCAGCAUCCACUUGUAGUCAGUGGUGCUGUUUGACUUGAUUACGGCCAAGACCAUGAAUACGGAUACUUCAGCAGUAACCCUUCCCCCGCCAGGCUUUGGGCUGGAGCCGGGCGCCAUGGGGGACCCUGCCGCCAACGCCCACAACCCCCACAACCCCCGGGUGGUCAGCAUGGACGACGAGGCCUACACGCCGCCCACCUACGACGAGGUGUUCCCGCCCUUGGCCGCCGUGGUCGCCGCUAACGGUCAGAGUAGCAGCGAGAGCAUGAUGCCCGGCGCCAUGAUGUCCAACAUCGGCCAGAAAUCCUACGCCAAGAUGGCUGUUAAGUCUUCCAUUAUAACUCAGGUUUUUUAUGUGCCUUUAGAGGAGCGUCGUUACAAGGAGAUGAACCAAGGCUUCGGUGAAACUGAUUCUCAGUCGGGCCGAAUCUGUGCCGAGAUCAUGAAGAACACAGGAGCUUCAAUUGAGAUGAGUCUGGCCAAGGACCAAAGCUUGACCAUCGUGGUGACCGGCAAGCAGGAGUCUGUCAUGUUUGCACGCAGGGAGGUCCUCAACAAACUCCAGACCCAGGCCAACGUCAACAUCCCAAUCCCUAAAGAGCAUCACCGUUUCAUCAUCGGCAAAGGCGGAAGCAAGCUGAGGGAACUGGAGAACCUGACGGCCACCAAGAUCACCAUCCCAAACCCCAACGACCCCUCGGACUUGAUCCACAUCGUGGGGCCGCGGGAAGGGAUCGAAGGGGCUCGCCACGAGAUCCAGCUCAUCUCGGAAGAACAGGCCAAGCUGGCAUUUGAGCGCCUGAGCAUCCCCCGCGUCUACCACCCCUUUAUCAAGGAAAUAAAGGCCCGGACCGGCGCCAAGAUCCACGUCCCGCCUCAGAGUGCCAUGAAGGACGAGAUUGUGGUGUCAGGGGAGAAGGAAGCUGUGUUGGAAGCGAUAGAUUGGAUCAACGCCACCUACAAUGCCAAGAAAAUGAAGACUACGACCGUGUCCCUGGAGGUCAACAAGUGCCAGCACAAGUACGUGAUCGGGCCGCGCGGCAGCAACAUCACGGAGAUCCUGGAAGCCAGUGGCGUGUCGGUGGAGAUGCCCAACCCAGACUCCGUGUCGGAGACCAUCACCCUGCGUGGGGAGCAACACCAGCUGGGCCAGGCCAUCACCAUGGUCUAUGCGAAGGCUAACAGCGUUGUCAUCAGUGAAGUGGCUGCACCUGCCUGGCUGCAUCGUUUCAUCAUCGGACGACAGGGGAAGAACAUCCGCAACAUCACCCAGAACUUGUCCAAUGUCCACGUGGAGUUUGCCGAGGGUCUGGACAAGAUCACCCUGGAGGGACCCCCGGAGCAGGUGGAGGAGGCCCGCCGGGCCCUGGAGGAAAUCUCCCGAGAUCUCCAGAGCCGACUGGACUUUGCCAUCGUCAAGAUUGACCCCAAGUUCCACAAGCACAUCAUCGGCAAGUCCGGAGCAAAUGUGAAUCGCAUCAAGAAGGAAACGGGCGUGUCCAUCCGCAUCCCUACCGACCUCGAGAGGAGCAAUGAGAUCCGCAUCGAGGGAAGCCCGGAGGGUGUGCGUCAGGCUAAGACUGAACUGAUGGAGCUAGCUACCCGCAUGGAAAAUGAGAAGUCUCGUGACAUCUUGAUAGAACACCGAUUCCAUCGCACCAUCAUCGGCACCAAGGGCGAGAACAUCAAGGACAUCCGAGACAAAUACAACCAGGUCCAAAUCACAUUCCCUGACCCCGGCAUGAAGUCCGACGUGGUGACCCUGCGCGGCCCCAAGCAAGACGUGGACAAAUGCUACAAGUUCCUGCAGCAACUCAGCCUGGAGCUGGCGGCCAACAACUACAUCCUGAACGUGCCCAUCUUCAAGAAGUUCCACAAGAACAUCAUCGGCAAGGGUGGAGCUACAAUCAACAAGAUCAAGGAGGAUACUGAAACGCGCAUUGAGAUACCGACCGAGAGCAGCGACAGUGACGUGAUACAGAUCACUGGCAAGAAGAAGAACGUGGAGAAAGCUAAAGUGCAGAUCCUGGCCAUUCAAAAUGAACUGGCCAACAUUCUGGAGGUGGAGGUCAGCAUCCCGGCCAAGUUCCACCAGUCCCUGAUCGGCGCCAAGGGGCGCCUGGUCCGGGCCAUCAUGGACGAGUGCGGCGGGGUUCACAUCCACUUCCCCAGCGAGGGAUCCAAGAGCGACAAGGUCACCAUCCGCGGACCCAAGGAGGAGGUGGAGAAGGCCAAAGUGAAAUUGAUGGAGCUGGCCAAUGAGAAGGAGCAGGCCAACCACUCCAUCGAGGUGCACGCCAAGCCCGAGUACUACAAGUUCCUGAUCGGCCGCAACGGUGCCAACAUCCGUCAGGUCCGCGAAGAGACCGGCGCUCGGGUGGUGUUCCCAACGGCCAAGGACGAAGACAAGACACUGAUCACCAUCAUCGGCACCAAGGAGAACACGGAGAAAGCCAAGCAGAAACUGACGGCCCUCAUCAAGGAACUGGAGAAUGUCUCCGAGACUGAGAUGACUGUGGAUCCCAAGUACCAUCGCCACUUUGUGGCCCGUCGCGGCCAAGUACUGCGCGAGAUCGGCGACGAAUACGGCGGCGUGACGGUCAGCUUCCCCCGCAACGGCUCCAAGAGUGACCGGGUGGUGGUCAAGGGGCCCAAGAACUGUGUGGACGGGGCCGUGGCCCGCAUCAAUGAGAUCGUUGCUGACUUGGAAUCUCAAGUUACUGUGGAGUGCCACAUUCCCCAGAAGCAUCACCGCACCAUCAUGGGGGCCAAGGGCUUCCGCGUGCAGGCCGUCACCAGCCAGUAUGAAGUCGGAAUCAAGUUCCCCGAUCGCAACCCAGCCGCUGAGCAUGCUGAAGAUAAGGACGGGGAUGUUGUUCUGAACGGCGACAACAACAGCGACGUCAGCGAAGACGAUAAGCCCAAGAAAUGCGACAUCAUCAUCAUCACCGGCAAGCAAGAGAACUGCCAGCGGGCUAAGGAAGCACUGGAGAAACUUGUGCCCGUCACUGAGGAGGUUGAGGUGCCAUUUGACUAUCACCGCUUUGUCAUCGGUCAGAAAGGAGCUGGCAUCCGGGGCAUGAUGGAGGAAUUUGAUGUGAACAUUUCCAUCCCGCCAGCCAUGCAGAAGUCCAACCAGGUCAAAGUCAGCGGCCCAGCAGAUAACGUGGAGAACGCUGUCAAAGCGCUGAAGGCAAGGGUGGAAGAACUGCGUCUCACUGAUGAAGACAGGCGCCUGCAAAACUUUGCCGUGGAGAUCGAGGUGGACGCCAAGUACUACCCCAAGAUCAUCGGCCGGAAGGGCUUGAUCAUCUCCAAGAUCAAGGACGACCACAAGGUCAAGAACAUUCAGUUUGCCGAUAAGAACGCCGCCAAUCCCAACAUCAUCACCGUGGUCGGCUAUGAGAAGAAUGCGAUGGCCGCCAGGGAUGCCAUUCUGGAUAUCGUUCACAACUUGGAGGACCAGACCACAGUGGAGCUGGAGUUGGAUCGCCGCAUCCACAGCCGCCUGAUCGGCACCAAGGGCCGCUCCAUCAGCAAGGUCAUGGACUCCUACAAGGUGGACAUCCGCUUCCCCCGCAGCACCGACGCCAACCUGGACCUGGUCACCAUCACCGGCCUGGAGGAGAACAUCGAAGAGUGCAAGGAGUACCUGCUCAAUCUGCAGGAGGAAUAUCUGCAAGAGAUGGAUGAGAGUGUCGAGUUGCAGCAGUACACCAAGCCUCCCAGCCGCCACGGGGAAUCCCGUCAGCCCAAGGCGGACAACCCGGGCUUCGUGGUGCGCGACGCCCCAUGGAGCAAGCCCCCGGACACCAGCAACACCAUGGACUUCCCCAGCAUCGGGCCGGGGACCAGCAGCGGACCAAAGCCUGGUGCUGGCUCCGCUGCUUCCUGGGGAGCCUGGAAGCGCUAGUCUGGGUCACCCAGGUACCGCAUAACUGGGCCCCAUUUUACAGCCGUUCUUACUGGGAGCUACAUCAGGCACAGCAGGACAUUCCCUAGCUUAGGACUCAUCUCAAAGAAUAUCCCAGGUACAUGCAAGUCACGGAAAACUUGAUCCCCGCUUGGUGCAUUGCUGCAGGUAUUGGCUGCGUGGUUCUGAACAACCUCCGAGCAUCUUCCAGCAAUGAAGUUGCCAGUUGUCGACAAUCCUGACAGCUUCAUGACGGGAAGAGUCCAGGGAAGUUGUUCAAAAUCCUGCAAACUAAUUCUCGAUGCAGUGGGCCUAAUUGCGGAUCAUCUUUUCUGCGACAUAUCGGGGUAAGUUUAAUGAGCAGAGUCUCCUAAACAGUUCUCAUAUGCAUAGGCUAGCAGGACAUUCCAGAGAUGCCAACCAUUACUCUUUUGGAGCAACUAUUAGGAUUUUGAGGCAUGUUACUACUCUUGAAAAUUCCAGCUGUCCUAUACGUCAACAUUGUGGUUACUCUGACAAGUACUGUGGUUACUCUUAAACUUGACGGUUGUCCUAUGCAUUUACAUUAGCAUUACUCUUUGCAGGAAGAAUCAUUACCAUUUUGUAGUCUGUAAAGUUGGCAUCUCUGAAAUUCUGGCUCAUGUUAUUACAGGGCCCAAUUUCAUGUCUCGGCUUACCAUUAGCAAAACAAAUUCCCUGCUGACUGCAGCAGAAAAUUCUGUGCUUACGGUAAGCAUAUUUCACAGGUUUGCGUGGAAUUUUGGCUUCUGCGUAUGCGUACGUCCCGUUACCGAGUGUUCUGUGCUUACAGGGUUAGCACACAAUGUUUCUGCUAGCGUGGUUAGCGCAAACUGGUGAUCAUGAGCGCGUCAUUCUGUGGUUAGCAGCGCCGUGAAAUUGGGCCUAGGUAUCCCAUAACUAUUAAGGAUUAUGUGCUUACAGCGCUAGCGCUGUUAGCGCUGAUCUCUGAUUUUGCAGAUCCAUAAAGUUGGACCCGGAUGGGUGAAGUUGCUGGUAGACUUUCAUAUUUUUUGGAAGGACACUCCAUUAUAUACUGUUCUCUAUAAACCCCAACGUAACGGGCACCCAUCUUGGGUAGUAUAGUAUGCUGCAGCUAAUUUUCAUUCUCUGUAAGUUGUAUUUUCCUUUUGUCAGAUUUGGAUUCUAGAAUUCGGUAGUUUUAUUUUUUGGAAGUUAAUUUUCUCCCAAUAACUCCUGUAAUAUCGCUUUGGGGAUAAUCUACGGUGCCUUUUGUUUUAUUAAGUUUAGGCCAUCAACUAGACAUAAUAAUACACUAAUUUGGGUGAAGUUCGAGACUUUGUUUUUAAAGAUUGUCAUAUUAACUGAUUGAAGUAUCACACACACUUUGCAUUUGAUAAUUGCCAAGAGUGAAGGAUCCCCCAAUACAAUAUCGUGUAGCAUAUCUUAGACUACUUCAAAUUAAAAUCGCCCAUCACAAAGAAGUGAUUUCAAAUCAAGCUUUUAGGUAGAAGUCACAUGGAUUCCACGAUUUGAUUGCGUACUUAGCAGCUAGUCAGGACUCCGAGUAUAAAAGGCUUAAAUCAAGCGUUCCGUCCUUCUAUCUACACACAGAAAACCGAGACUUGCAGACCUACGAAAGCAUAACAUGUAGAUUUUAAGAGACCCUCUCCUAUGGUGCAAGAUCUUUGAAAAAUAACUGCAGCUUUUUAAUACCAGAAUUCAAAACUCUAUGCACUAAAUUAAAUGUUUACAGGCAGGUAUGUAGCCUUAGCAAUGAGAAGGUGCAUUGUUGGUUACGUGGUGUAGAUCUGCAGAAUAAAUCUCAAAGGAGGUCACAAAAUAGCACGAGCUAUCGACGGAGAAAAAAAUAAGAAUAGAAAACUAAUUGCAAUAUUUUGGUUAAUCUUAUACAUUUCUUUCUUCGGAGAAACAUUCCAUGUAUUUGGAUAUUUUUUUUUUUU